AUGGUUUUCGGAAAUGAAAUGUGCGAUGAAACGCCGCAUCCGGGUGAAUGCAAGACUCUACUGAUUAAACACAAACCCAUAAGAAGCACUACACAGUUCCUCCAAGUGUCCGUGGAACGAACACUAGAUGGGGCUGUCAAAGCCAAGAGUGACACGUAUUUUCUUGAGCCACAAUUUGGUUCAAAGCAAGCUUGGGAGGAAUGUAUGGAUCUGUACGAGCAGACUAUUCACAGGCUCAACGAGAGCGUGUUGUGUCCCAAGAACGUUUGCUCUAGGUCAGACGUGCAAGCAUGGCUCAGCACCGCACUCACCAACCUAGACACAUGUCAGGAAGAGAUGUCAGAACUCGGUGUCUCGUCUCAUUCCUUGGAGAGCAUUACCAUUGAUGUCAUUAACACCUUGGCCAUCAACAAGAGGAUGGAACAAAACGGUAAGGAGUUUGGGAUAUCGAAAAUAACAAUGAAAACACUAUCUAUAGGUGAAAAAGUGGAUGUAGUGGUGGCUCAAGAUGGUUCCGGGGACUACAAAACUAUCCAAGAGGCCGUGAAUGGUGCUGGAGAGAGGCUCAAAGGAAGCCCAAGGUAUGUCAUACAUGUCAAGCAAGGCGUUUACGAGGAAUAUGUCAAUGUAGGAAUCAAGUCUAAUAACAUCAUGAUCACUGGCGAUGGUAUCGGCAAAACCAUAAUCACCGGUGACAAAAGCAAGGGCCGAGGAUUUUCCACUUACAAAUCUGCCACUUUUGUGGCUGAGGGGGACGGUUUCGUGGGACGAGACAUAACAAUCAGGAACACGGCAGGACCGGAAAACCAUCAGGCGGUGGCUCUCAGAUCGAAUUCAGACAUGUCAGUGUUUUACAGAUGUAGCAUUGAAGGCUAUCAAGACACACUCUACGUGCACUCUGGUCGUCAGUUUUUCAGGGAGUGCGACAUAUACGGAACCGUUGACUUCAUUUUCGGAAACGCCGCAGCUGUUUUACAAAACUGUCGGAUAUUUGCACGUAACCCACCGAAUGGAGUCAACACCAUAACGGCACAGAGCCGGUUCAACCCGAAUCAGACAACAGGAAUCGUAAUCCAUAACUCCGUGGUGAAAGGAGCUCCGGGGGUACAGUUAGGAGGCGUGAAAACGUAUUUGGGCCGUCCGUGGAGGUCGUACGCACGGACCGUGGUGAUCGGGACGUAUCUUGAUACGUUGAUCGAACCCAACGGAUGGAUUGAUUGGGAUAAUGUAACGGCUCUAAGCACGUUGUAUUAUGGGGAGUAUCAAAACUCGGGACCGGGUUCGGGGACAGAGAACCGGGUUGAUUGGGCCGGGUUUCACGUGAUAUCUGAUAUCCAAGAAGCUCGAGAGUUUACGUUACCCAAAUUCAUCGACUCUGCUUCAUGGUUACCGCCUACCAAAGUGCCUUUCACCAUCAAUCUCUAA